ACACACACACACUAUGAUAUUCUGCGAUCUCAUUUUCCAUAAGGCUGUUGUUUACUUCAAUCGGUUCCGGACCGCGCUGAAGUUGGUUUAAAGUUGGACCUUGGAUAUUCGCGCGCCGGCUUCCAGAUCCUGAUUUGCGGCGGAGAAUAAAUAUUAAUAUAAUAUUUAUAAUAUGAAUAUUAUUCAUAUUCAGUCAGUAAUUUACAGACAGUCAUUAACUCGCGCAGUAGACGAGGUUCGGUCGCCGGACUCUGACAGCGAAGCCGGAGCGCGAAUGUCCAACUUCAUACCAACGUCACCGCGGGCUAGUCCGGUUUUGGUUAUACUUUAACAUUAUGUAUGCUGAAUGUAACAAUACACAGUCUGUCCUUGCGUUUCUCACAAAAAAUAUCAUGUCACAUAUGCGGAGUGAAUAUUUUUUAUAUUAUGUUUAAUACCCCGAUCUCACCUAUGCGGUUUCGCGCAGUGGCCGUAAAUACGGUUCAUCAUGAUUACGUUUCAUGCAUCAUGUCAUUACAUUUCCAUCUUUCCACGCGAAAAACCCGGAUACCACCGCGAGUCAACCAGUAUACAGUAGGUGUAUAAAGGGAGGCACAGAUUGGUCUAAAAGAUGCAUUCCGACAGACUGACUGAACAGUUCGUGCUUUUUUAUGUGUGUAUUUGCCGUUUUUGGACAGAAUGGAUCAGGGAUUUCUAGACUUUCUGCAACAACAGCGUGAGUUGGAUCAGGGCAUCAUCUCCGUGUUUGUAAAUGAAAAGAUAGACUGUUAUGCUGUAAACGGGAUGUCAGAUGAGCAGCUAAUGAAAUAUGUUCCCAAAUUUGGAGACAGAAUUGCCAUUCGACAGUAUUGUAGAAGAGAAGUGGCAGCAUUUGAAAAGAGUUCCUCGAUUGUGUCAAAAGCUACACAAAGUCUACGAGAAAAAAUUCAACUACGGAGGACUGGUAAAAGAGCUCAUUCAGAUGAUCGUUCUCAAAAAUUAGCUGGCAAUUUAAAUGCCCUCAAAAACAGCCGUACAUAUCAAAUUGGCUUGUUUGAAGAGGUCGAAGGCUCAUUUAUUCAAGUCAGAGAAAGAAAAGGAGGUGGAGUCAGACAUCUCAAGGCAUCGAAGGACACUCCAGUGAAUGAGCUGUUGAACAUUGGCAAAGAUCUCUUUUUCCCGCAGGGAAAAAACAAGCUUGGAAAUAUAAACGAGUUUGAAUUUACACUAAGAGACUUCACUGAAGCUGAGCUGGACUCAUCCAUGACACUUGGUCAGCUGUACAAUUUGAGAAAAGUGAAACUACUUAGACUUUAUGUGUCAUGCAAAAGGAUUUUCAUGAAUGCACAGGACUUAACUGCAAAUCAAGUAGAUUCACAUUUAGCUUCAUCUUUACACACACACUCAAAAAGCACAGGAAUUGUUGUUGAUGAGCAUGCCAGUGAAGUUGCUAUGUUGACAAGCACUCCCAUCAAACUUACCACUGACACUGUAAUGGCAAGCACAUCAACAACAGACACAAGGUUUCUUUUUAUUGAUGCUAAUGAUGAGAAAUUAAUGUCAAAUACAUCACCGUUAAAUUUUAACGGCAUUGACGUGCUGCAAGAACAAAACACAUCAGUUUCAGUUGAUGAGGAAAUCCAAAUAGGGUACGUUUACCUCCCAUAUGACAAUGAUGUCCUGGAUGACACUCUUCCAGUGGAGACUGCUGUAAUGGACAGAUAA